GGCAGCUCACUCCACCCCAUAAUUGUAGCAUAUUAGACUCCCCUUUUAUUAUACUUGUAAGGAUGCGUGUAUAAUGUCUUCUUUCAGCUCGUUUCCCUCCCUUUUUGCCCGGCGGACAGGGCCCUGGACGUGUCGAGCAUGCCUGAGGAGACAGGCGAUUCCGCAGCACCGAAGCGGGUUUGCGACCAACACGAUACCGGAAGGCGCCACCAAGUCUACGGCUGUUCCGAGGAGCAAGCACAGGAGGAGGAUUGUAAUUGCAGCAGGAGCAGGGGGAAUUGCGGCGGCAGCAGUCAUUUUCAAUGACGAGGCAAGGCAUGCUUUCACUGCGGUGCAGAGAAGCGGUCGCGUGCUCUCGACGUUGUUCAUAUGCAUCAAUGACUACCGGUCUACGUUAAAGCGCGACCAGGAAGAGGACUACCCAGAACUCCUUAGAGCCUGCCAUUUACGAUGCGCGAAACGGACGCUCCGUACCCUCGAGAAGAACGGGUCGAUAUUCAUAAAGCUGGGACAACAUCUGAGCAGCAUGAACUAUCUGCUUCCGACAGAAUGGUGCGAUACCUUUAUCCCCUUGCAAGAUAAAUGCCCGGUGUCCUCGUUCGAGUCAAUUGAAGCGAUGGUGUUGAAGGAUACGGGGAUUCCGCUGUCGGACAUCUUUUCAGAGUUUGAGAAACUACCAAUUGGUGCUGCGUCGCUGGCGCAAGUGCACCGCGCCGUACUGAAGGGGACGGGACAGAAGGUCGCAGUCAAGGUGCAGCACCCGGCGCUGGACGAGUGGGCUAAGCUGGACCUGGCCCUGACUCGGUUCACGUUCGAGACGCUGAAGAGAUGGUUCCCCGAGUACGAUCUCACAUGGCUUUCGGAAGAGAUGGAGAUGUCCUUGCCGCAGGAGCUGGAUUUCCAUCGUGAAGGACAGAACGCGAUUCGAGCUCGGAAUUAUUUCAUGGAAGUGCCAGAUGCGCCGGUCAUCAUCCCGGAGGUGAUAUGGGCAAGGAGACGUAUACUGGUCAUGGAGUAUGUGAGUGGUCAUCGCCCGGAUGAUCUGGAAUACCUAGAUUCCCGUGGCAUUGAUCGAGAUGAGGUGUCCGCUGCAUUGGCGCGUAUCUUCAACGAGAUGAUUUUCGGGACCAACGCGCCUCUUCACUGCGAUCCACACGGCGGUAAUAUCGCCAUUCGGCACAACCCGUCUCGGCGAGGAAAUGGCAACUUCGACGUCAUCAUGUACGAUCACGGCUUAUACCGCGAUAUACCCGUCGAUAUCAGGAGGUCGUAUGCGAAGCUCUGGCUCGCAGUCCUGGACGCGGACGAACCCCGGAUGCGCAAGUAUGCAAAUGAGGUGGCAGGGAUCACUGACGAGCACUUUGCUCUGUUUGCCAGCGCCAUCACGGGGAGGGACUACAGCGUUGUCAAGCAGAACGUGGCCUUGCCCCGGAGUGUGGAGGAGAAGCAAACGAUAUCGGAAGCGUUGGGGGAGGGCAUGCUCGAACAGCUGAUCCAGCUCCUUGGACGUGUGCCACGUGUGAUUCUCCUGAUUCUGAAGACGAACGAUUUGACCCGAUCGCUCGACGAGAAUCUGCACACGCGCCAAGGGCCAGCAAGGACGUUCCUUAUCUUGGCCCGGUAUGCGUCUCGCACCGUGUACGAGGAGCAGCUGGAGAAGUUGUCUGGGAGUCUGUUUUGGCCGCCCAACUUGAUCGACUUUCUGAAAGCGUGGAGCAGGCACAUGCGCGUCGAGCUGAAGCUAAGCGCGUACGAGAGUUAUCUCAAAUUGAGGGCGUUGCUGGGAAUGGAGGCUGUAGUCUAGCGUGCGCUGUUUGGAGGAGGGAAUUGUACAUAUCUGAGAUGGGGAUGUAAAAUAUAGUAAUCAUCUUGGUAGACGGAGCGUCAGUAGCUACACUUGAAAGGAAUACCCAUUUGACUGGAG